AAAAACUUUUGAAGAAAUCCCUUGCUAAAGUUGCUGAAAACAAUCCCUAAAACUCUGACAGACAAACGUGGAGACAGUUUUGAAGGAAUUCCUGAAGAAAUUUCGAAAGAGUUCCAAGCUACAAUUUCUGAAAGAAGCAAUUUAUGAAGAAAGCUUCAGCAGAAUCUCAGUAGAAAACUCAAGAAGUGAAUCUCUGAACCCGGGAGCGGUCGCGUCGAGUACUAAAAACAUGCACCAUGAAAAAUGCACGCUUGGAGUACACAGCGUGAGCGCGGUGUCGCUGCAUGUAGUCAAAGACGCGACUGCUCGAGGGCUAAGGAACUUCUGAAAAUAUCCCGGGAGGAAUUUCUUAAGAACUUCCUGGAGAAAAACCUAGAAAAACUCCUGGGAAACCCUUGGCGGAGCUCCUACAAAACUUUAUUGAUGAUUUGUUAGAAAAAAAAGCCUGGAGAGAUGCGCAUGCCCGAAACGGUGUAGAUACUGUCGGAAGCAACCAUGACCUGUAAGGACCUGUGUCAGGUGGAAUGUAACUUCCCCAUGGCGCCUAUUAAUCCAACUAUCUACCCUCGGUAUCAACCUAUGGGUCCACCUUCCUUUGGUGGAACUGUCCCAUGCGCGCUGCCAUUUGACCAUAGAGGCCAUCCUGGCAGUCCUGCGUAUGCCUCUUGUGCCGCGCAUUUCGAAGCACUCCAUGUCCUCACUGAUAAGAAUGCUGAUAGGCACCAUACCAGUAAUGACGCAGAGAGCGUCGUGUGACACGGUACGGUACGCGCUCGCAACCCUCAGGCACAUAAGCCUGUAAGUACUUUCCAGCUUCCGUCGGUAGCAUUUAGUACUUAGCGCGGUGCCCCACGCCGGGCCGCCAUACCUAAGUAUGGACGUAGCAACACUAGCCAGAAGCUUGCGCUUACUGGCGUACAUCCCGAAGUAUGUCUAGGGCCAAUAUGCCCAAAAAACUCUGAAUUAUCACUAAAAAAGUUGAUUUGCAAAAUCGUAUAGAAUGAACAAUUACAAGUCGAUUUUGGAAUUAUGCGAGAAAAAAAUGUCAGAUAUCAGAAACGUGAGCAAAGCGUCCUCUGAACGCACUCCAAACUUUACCCGGAACCAGUUCUGGUAUGGUAAUAUCAGCGCUGGUUACUCAAGGUUAUCAAAUUAUUGAGCCUCCCAUACUGGUACGCCCCCAUGACAAUGACUUCAAUAUUGCGCCUAAAUAAGAAGUAUUCCGCGGAAUCCCCUCAAUUAAUAAUUAUAUAUUUUUUCUGUCAAUUGGGUUGUUUAGUGAAUAAAAUAUUGCUAUUUUCUAUAGCCUAAUCGAAAGAGCUCAUUUUUCUGAGUAUAACGUGUUUUUAUUGGAUUCCAAUACCUUUGUUUUGAUGGGUAAAUCAACAAAUCAGUUUUAAUUUUCGUGGAUAGAAUGACAGUUCAAUCGAUAAAGUGACAGUUCGACCCGAACAAAAAAAUUUCCCCAUACAAACUUUAAAUGAAUUUUAAAAAUAAUUCCCGGACUCCAAAAAUUAUAAAAUUUUGGAUUUCGACUAAUUUUUGGGCGGAGAAUCCGAUUAUGAAAUAAUCCUGAUACCCCUAAAGAACCCAAUUACAGAAAAAAAUAUAUAAUUAUUAGGGGUAGUCUUGUAGGAGUGCAGCAAGAAUUCUUGUCAUGAUUCAUUCGAGAUUUUGUUUUAGAAAAUAUUCCUUCCCGUGUACUUCUUAACAAUUCUCUCCACGAAUACCUCCAGGGACACCCCCAGAAAUUCCUUUUGAAAUUCUUUCAGGGUUAAUAAAACAACCAGAAAGGUUUAUUGAAAGAAGAUUCUCGUUGGAUUUCCUAGAACGAUUUCAGUAAGAAUUUCUCCAAAGAUUCAUCCAGGUGUCCCUCUAGAAUACAUUCUUGACCAUCUAACCUUCUGGUAGUUUGAUAUUGUUCACUUCAUCGCAUGUCCCACGAUGGUUAGUCACCAGGAACAUAAUACACAGAUGGAAUGAAAUCGACACCAACAUAAAUCUGGACCUAUUCCUGGAAAUUGUGGAGUUCGUAAUGGAGGCCAGCUACUUCUGCUACGAUGGGCAAUUCUAUAAGCAGACAUUCGGAACAGCAAUGGGCAGCCCACUCUCGCCCAUCCUGGCAGACAUAGUUCUAGAUUCGGUCAUCGAUGCAGCUAUGGAAUCUCUACCAUUCGAGAUCACCAUCUUCAAGAAAUAUGUAGACGACAUCUUCAUGGCGAUUCCUCAGAACACCGAACAACAGGUAUUGGUAGCGUUCAACAAGGUAGAACCAAGACUGCAAUUUACCAUCGAAGCAGAAAACGAACGGAGGUUGCCAUUCCUAGAUAUGACCGUCAUCCGCAACCAGGACCAAACUCUAGCUACGGAAUGGUAUGCCAAGCCAAUCGCAUCGGGACGUAUGCUGAACUACAACUCCUUCCACCAACCGAAGCAUAAAAUAAACGUAGCGAACAAUUUCAUUCAUAGAGUUUGCUCGCUAACGCGGAAUAAAACAAUGAAUGAAAUAGGGACGAUAAUUCACCAACAUCUGCUAAGGAACAACUACCACAAGCAACUCAUCAACCGGUUGUUAAACCUCUACAUAAACAAACGGAGACAAAACAACGUAGAUGAAAUUCCAACAGCAUCGAUCACUGAAAUUCCGAAUGAUGAUCCCAGCCAACCAUCGUGUCAACCACCCAACCGCCCUUCCAGCCAACCAUCGUGUCAGCCACCCAACCACCCACCCAGCCAACCAUCGUGUCAGCCACCCAACCUCCCACACAGCCAACCAUCGUGUCAGCUACCCAGUCGCCCACCGAGCCAGCCAUUGUGCCAGCUACCCAACCAACUACAAGAUCAACCCACCAUAAACCACACUGUACCCCAGCAUAUCCCCCACCAAGACCCAACAUCACCAACAAACCACCAAACUGAAGACAGCAUACCCGAUCAUCACAUCACCAAUCCGAUGAGGCAUCCCACGCACGGCACCGAAGAUGAAACCGAAACUCCACAUAGGCAAAACCAAACAGUAAGCACAACACAGCAACCAAUUUAUCGUUCCAUUCCAUACGUCCCAUCUCUCUCCGACCGUGUCACAAAAAUUCUGUCUAAGGAUUACCCAGAGAUCACUAUCGCCACACGACAACACAGAACUGUCAAAAACCUCCACUCCAAAAUCAAAUUCCCUGUAAAAAAAGACGAAAUUAGUAACAUUAUAUAUAAAAUACCUUGUAACGAUUGUGAUGCAUGUUACAUCGGUAUGACGAGGAACAAUUUGCGAAAACGAUUAACUGGACAUAGAGCUAAUGUAAACAAACUUGACAAAUUGAUGAACGAUGAAGAACAUACACACACAAAUGAAGCCCAAAUAGCACUAAUAGAAACCACCACAGCCCUAAUAGAACAUUGUAUAACACAGAACCACAGAUUUCAACUUGACCACACCAAUAUUAUAGACCAUAGCCAUAAACCCUCCACACUCCCAUUUCUUGAAAUGUGCCACAUCACUAACACAGAUAAAACGGUGAACAAACGGACAGACACUGAUGGACUCAAUACGACAUAUGCUGGUUUGUUGCACGACAUCAAGACUAUCUAUCGACGAGACAAAUCUAGUAAGAAAUCGCAGACCACCGAAGAAUGACAAUAUGCAGAUAGGGCAUCAAGACCACCAUUUAAAAAUAGACUAAUAGAUAAUAAGAAGAAUUGCGCCAUUAGCAAAAAGUCCACAUAAGUUCACCGAAGUGUUAUUGAGUCAUGUACCAAACAAUUAGAGUCAGGACAGUUAAAGUUAGCCGAAACACGAGAGACGAAACGAGAACAUUAUUGUAAGUCAAACAAAACUAGUUAAGAUACAAAUAAUCAACUAACUAAAUUCCAGUUCCCCCUGAUGAAGGCACCAUCCCUAAGUGCCGAAACGUUGGGUAGAUAAUAAACCCGUUUCAAGAAUAAAGACUGCGUAGCCACUAAAAGUUCAAAGUAGAGCGGAAUUCUUUUCGACUUUCCAUACAAGAGUGAUGAUUUGAAAUAAAUUUUUGUCCUAUUUUCAAGCAAAGUCGCUCACUUCAAAUAUCUCAUUCUCCUUAAUCAAUGCUCCGAUUGAGCUGAAUUUUUACUGUAACUCGCCUACAUAUGAUAUGUCAAAUAAACGUCGAGAAAGAAUUUUAAAAUCUGGUUUUUCUUGUUGAAAAAAAUAUAUUUCUUCAAAAAAUUUUGGGAAUUUUGCUAAUCUGACGCAAAAUCUGUAUUCAGAUGGUCGAAUGGUAUUGUAUUUAGCUUUUAUUUCAUGGAAAACGAUUUAGAAUUAGUUGAACAAAACGCAAUAUAUUUGAAUUUUAGUAAAUUAAAUAUUUUGAAAAGUUGUAAAACUCGAUAUUGAGCUAAAACUUCUAAACUGUUGUACUUGAAAUUUUUUGAAGGUCGGUUUCGAAAUCAGCACAAAAUUGUGCUUCAAAAAUUUUGGUCGUUGACAGAAGUUCACGACUUUCGUUU